AUUUCAGAAGAAUAGAGCCCUGCCUGCGAUGCGUUUCUAAGGUUUGAAUUUGAAGCCAGCCUGCCGCGGCACAGACACUGCACUGCUACUCGUGCUCAGCCUCGCAACUCACCAUCCCAGGCUCAUACUUCACUGUUUCCGUUCGAGCUGCUGCCAGCUCUCCUCGUUCCCAGUUGAAAUCGAUCUGCCCCUGCUCGAGCCUGAGGCUGGAGCUGAGCUGCUGCUGCUUCUGCUCCCUCCCCUCCCCGGCGCAGUAGGAACAAGUCUUCUUCUGAGAGGGAGAUAUAAUAAUACGUGCCCGCAGAUGGCUUUCAGAGGGAGGGAGAAGAUGAAGAAGGUGCUAAAGAGGGUCGGAGGAGACAACCUGGUGAUUAUUGUGUUAGAACAACCUCAUUAAAGCCACCAUAACGGAACUAGAUUAUACCAGCCGUCCAAUCCAGCUCUGCGGUCAAGCCGUAGGGUGGAUCAAUUGUUUAAGAGGCUAUGAAGACCAAGAAUCCAUUGAAGCAACUCAAGCUCUCCCUUCCUGUUCAAGAAACUCCAAUUACUUCCUUUCUGACUGCGAGUGGGACGUUCCAUGAGGGUGGUUUGUUCUUAAACCAGAAAGGUUUGCGGAUCAUCUCCGAGGAAGAAGAGUCCCUUCCAUCAAAUGGUAAGGACCUGGAUCUUGAAUUUUCUUUGGAAGAUCUUGAGACGAUCAAAGUCAUUGGUAAGGGAAGUGGUGGAGUGGUACAGCUUGUUCGCCAUAAAUGGAUUGGCAGAUUGUUUGCCCUUAAGAUCAUCCAGAUGAAUAUACAAGAAGAGAUUCGUAAACAGAUUGUGCAAGAGCUGAAGAUAAAUCAAGCUUCCCAGUGCCCACAUGUGGUGAUUUGCUACCAUUCAUUUUAUCAUAAUGGAGCUAUUUCUCUGGUGCUUGAAUACAUGGACCGUGGUUCUCUGGUUGAUGUGAUCAGACAAGUCAAGACAAUCCUGGAGCCAUAUCUAGCAAUUGUCUGUAAGCAGGUGCUCCAAGGUCUAGUGUACCUGCACCAUGAAAGACAUGUCAUACACAGGGAUAUAAAACCAUCAAAUCUUCUUGUGAACCAAAAGGGUGAAGUUAAAAUUACCGACUUUGGUGUCAGUGCAAUGCUAGCAAGUUCCAUGGGUCAGAGAGAUACAUUUGUCGGAACUUACAACUACAUGUCGCCGGAGAGGAUCAGUGGGAGCACAUAUGACUACAGCAGUGAUAUUUGGAGUUUGGGCAUCGUCGUACUUGAGUGUGCUAUUGGACGGUUUCCUUAUUUGCAGUCUGAGGAUCAACAAGGUUGGCCUAGCUUUUAUGAGCUUUUGGAGGCAAUCGUACAACGCCCUCCACCUUGUGCUCCAUCGGACCAGUUUUCCCCAGAGUUCUGCUCCUUCAUUUCUGCCUGCAUCCAAAAGGACCCUCGGGACCGUGCUUCAUCAUUGGACCUCUUGAGUCACCCCUUCAUCAAGAAGUUCGAAGAUAAGGACGUUGAUUUGAGGAUUCUUGUAGGGAGUUUGGAAGCUCCGGCUAGUUUUCCAAGUUAGUAUACAUACAUGUGUUGUAAUAUGUAUGGAGCGUAAAAACAGACUUUUAUUGCCCCUCCUAUGAAAAUACGAAAUGUACUCAGCCUGUUACUUGAAAUUAAUCUCGUUCGGUUUGGCCUUGGCCAUAGGAUCAUUAUUAUAUUAUGUAUCACUUUGACAUUUGUUGCAAUAGAAACAGUGAUUCACUUGCAGUG